UGGCUGGGCGCUCCCGGGCUGGGGAUAUAAGCCCGCGCCCAGCUCACAGUGCUGAACCGGUGGCGGCAGCCCAGCUCAGCGGAGCAGAACCCUGCGGAGAAGGGCAGGCUCCCCGAGAGAGCCGAGAGCGCGUCCACGGCACCAUGGAGGAGAGCCGAUUCACAUAUGAAGAUUGUCAACAUACUGCAGAAUGGCUUCUGUCCCGCACCAAACACCGACCUCAAGUGGCAGUGAUCUGUGGUUCUGGCUUAGGAGGCCUGACUGAUAAACUAACUCAGACCCAGUGCUUUGACUACAGUGAGAUACCAAACUUUCCCAAAAGUACAGUGCCAGGUCAUGCUGGUCGACUGGUGUUUGGGGUCCUGAAUGGCAGAAACUGUGUGAUGAUGAAGGGCAGGUUCCAUAUGUAUGAAGGCUAUCCAUUCUGGAAGGUGACAUUCCCAGUGAGGGUUUUCCAUCUUCUGGGUGUGGACACCCUAGUGGUCACCAAUGCAGCUGGAGGGCUCAAUCCCAAGUUUGAGGUUGGAGAUAUCAUGCUGAUCCGUGAUCACAUCAACUUACCGGGUUUCUGCGGUGGGAACCCUCUCGUAGGACCCAAUGAAGAAAAGUUUGGAGUUCGCUUUCCUGCCAUGUCUGAUGCCUAUGACCGGGAGAUGAGGCAGAAGGCUCACAGUACCUGGAAACAAAUGGGAGAGCAGAGAGAGCUACAGGAAGGCACCUACGUUAUGGUGGCAGGCCCCAGCUUUGAGACUGUGGCAGAAUCUCGUUUGCUGCAGAAGUUGGGUGCUGAUGCUGUUGGCAUGAGCACAGUACCAGAAGUUGUAGUUGCAAGGCACUGUGGACUUCGGGUCUUUGGCUUCUCCCUCAUCACUAACAAGGUCAUCAUGGAUUAUGAAAGCCUGGAGAAAGCCAACCACGAGGAAGUACUAAAUUCCGGGAAACAAGCUGCGCAGAAAUUGGAACAGUUUGUCUCCAUUCUUAUGAAUAGCAUUCCACUGCCUGACCAUGAGACUUAACCAACCCCGGAGUGGCCUGGCUCUCAACAUUAUGGGACCCAAGUAGCUGCUACCUACUUUGGACCCUUGCUGUGGUGACAUGCCUCUGGUGUUAGAUAGUGGCAGAAAGGAGAGGAAGAUCCCUAUCCUUCACUUUCCCCACUUCUCCCACCAGACCCUUCUGGUGCCUAGUGCUCUUUUGCUCAACUGUCUUCUUAUAACAGUAACUUCCAUUAUUUUCACUUUCAUUAUUUUCAAGAGCUGGAGCCCAAGCCAAACCCUACUACUCAUCCACGAACGUUCCCAGGAUUUGACUCGGGCUACUGACUUCGGCACAGUAAUGGUUGCUGCUAGCUUUCUAAGGUAAUGCUUUCACAUUCCUGGGGAUUCAGGUCUACCUCCCACAAAGCCCUGAAGACCACACAAGGACCAGCUCAGUAUCUCUUGGACCUUAAUACUACCAUAUUUUGAGAAUAAAGAAAAAAGAUGAAAUAA